UUGCAAUUGGGUGAUUGGAUCAAUUACGAAUGCAUAGAGGACAACGAAAGUAACGCAAAUGCAGUUCAUCACCUCGUUUAUGAUUGGAAACGAAUCGAUGACAGACCAUGCGUAGCAAAAGUUAUCGAUGAAAAAUUCGUGAAUUUACAUACAAGUAUAAGGCUUUUGGAUGACAUUGGUUAUGAGAGCGAUUCGUUGAGAGUACCACGAGGAUAUCGCGUGGCUGAAGGCGAUUUGUGUGAUAGAAUUUUGGUGAAGAACACAAGAAGGGUCAGAAAUAGCUUGGCCGAGCAACAUCAAAUCGAUGUAGUAUUGGAGUUCAAUGAUGAGAUAUAUCCGGGUUUCUAUUGGAUCGUUACUGCCGUCUAUAACGAUGGUAUCUCGUUCGAGAUUGACGACGGUGACACUGAGGAUAUUAGUGAGACAACUCGUAACGACAAUAAAAAUGAUCAAGCUCAAAGUAGUCGUUCGACUGAGGAGGUAGAGAAACGAAAAUCAACUGAGAAGGAAAUUGUAGCAGAAAUGAAUCAGCCUCGAAGGGUUCCCCAACUAAAGGCCGAAGCUGAUCAGAGGGAACGCGAUGAUGUGUGCAGUCGACUCCUUGAAAAAGUGAAUGCUGUCAAGAAUAAUGAUCUCUUCGAUUAUUCAUUAUCUUUUCUUAUUGAAAAAAUAUUUUGUGCAUAA